UGGGCCGCAAAGGAGCAGAUCCGGCGUCGCGGUUUGGGGAGGAAAUGAAUGGGCGUUGAUCUGGGGACUUAGGUACCUGUCUCAGGUCAGUGAGCGGCCCCAGCAUGGAGGACGACGCGCCUGUCAUCUACGGCCUGGAGUUCCAGGCACGUGCUCUAACACCUCAGACCGCAGAAACAGAUGCCAUUCGGUUUUUGGUUGGGACACAGUCUCUCAAAUAUGAUAAUCAGAUCCACAUCAUAGAUUUUGAUGAUGAAAAUAACAUCAUCAACAAGAAUGUCCUCCUCCAUCAAGUGGGUGAAAUCUGGCACAUGAGUGCCAGUCCUGCAGAUAAAGGGGUGCUGGCCACCUGCUACAAUAAAACUUCAGACAGCAAAGUCCUGACAUGUGCAGCUGUGUGGAGGAUGCCGAAGGAAUUGGAACCAGGCAGCCAUGAGUCCCCGGAUGAUUCCUCAAGCACCGCACACACCUUGGAGCUCCUCUGUCACCUUGACAACACAGCCCACGGCAACAUGGCUUGUGUCACGUGGGAACCAACGGGAGAUGGAAAGAAAGUCAUCUCCUUGGCGGACAACCAUAUUCUGCUGUGGGAUUUGCAGGAGAGCUCCAGCCAGGCCGUGCUGGCUAGCUCGGCAUCCCUGGAAGGGAAGGGACAGCUAAAGUUCACCUCGGGACGGUGGAGCCCACAUCACAACUGCACCCAGGUGGCCACGGCCAACGACACCGCCGUUCGAGGCUGGGACACACGCAGCAUGAGCCAGAUAUACUGCAUCGAGAAUGCCCAUGGACAGCUGGUGCGGGACCUCGACUUCAACCCCAACAAGCAGUACUACCUUGCCAGCUGCGGAGAUGACUGCAAGGUGAAGUUCUGGGACACUCGGAAUGUCACGGAGCCCGUGAAGUCCUUAGAGGAGCACUCGCACUGGGUGUGGAACGUCCGCUACAACCACUCUCAUGACCAGCUCGUGCUCACGGGCAGCAGCGACAGCCGGGUCAUCCUCUCCAACAUGGUCUCCAUCUCCUCUGAGCCGUUCGGCCACCUGGUGGAUGAUGACGACCUGAGUGACCAGGAGGACAGGCGUACGGAAGAGAAGAGCCAGGAGCCCCCGCAGGACAGCGUCAUUGCCACCUACGAGGAGCACGAGGACAGCGUGUAUGCUGUGGACUGGUCCUCGGCUGACCCCUGGCUGUUCGCCUCCCUGAGUUAUGAUGGGAGACUGGUCAUCAACAGGGUGCCCCGGGCACUCAAGUAUCACAUCCUGCUCUGACAGGUGCUCUGCGGUCAGCAAGGUGGCGCGGGCUGGAGUUUGCAGGGGAUUCGUUUUCCAGGCGGAUGAAU